AUGGAAUAUCUCUCUAGCGAGGAACGGUCUUCGUCACCCACAAGGCCGGGUUCGAAGGACAGGAUCACCCAGUUUCGUCGGCGAAAUCCCGGUCACCAGCAGCGCGAGGCCUGGUUGUGGGAGAAUGUGGCUAGGGAGGUGGUCUAUUGCAUCAGUCAUCCUUCUCUCAAACCAUCAAACACCUUGGUGUCUAGCGCACCAGGUUACGAACUGGUCUGUAGCUACAACUGGAGAGUCAGUCAGGAUGCGAGGAUCCACAUACCUGGUUUCGCUGCGGUCUUCCAGAAUGUCACCUUGCCGGUUGCCGUUCCGGCAGAUCGAGGAACCUAUUUCAUCGAUCAAAACGCGGCACGCGUCCCUGAAUAUCCUUUCGCGCCGUUGCUUCGCGCUACAGCGUCAAUGAACCCAUCUUUUCGCUUCGAAAACAUUGAUAUCUUGGUGAAUCGAAACAGCCUUAGAAAACUUCUCGACUUCUCGGCGGGACGGCUGCAAGAUAGCUUUCGCAUCAAUCUGCACCUAGUAUACCAAACUCUGGUCAUCGAGCGUUGCGAGAGGAACGCCCGCGAGCUGAUCAGUGGUUCUAAGAAUUCGGGGUGGGGCAGGAACUUCGAGCGCACGUUUACGACGUACCCAACUGGCCUUGAAGACAGUACAUCACACCACCGGGCUCUUCGAUACCAGCUGGGCGAUCUCGCGUGUGUCGUGCGUUUUGAGGUGGACGCAUGCUAUGAGCAAUUGAGCGAGUGUAGCGGCUCGGAUUCGCCGGAGCGCGCAAUGGAGCGGUUGGCAUUAGACGACCACGAACGCUGCAGCUCUGUUUACAAGCUGGGAGGAAAGGCACCAAGCCGACCUCCGCAGGUUGGUCACGGUCUUGACCCAACUACGCGACGCCGUCAAAGAAAAUGGGGGUAA